UGCUGCUCAGAGCACUUGCCCAGGUACAUGCCGCUGCCUCCUCCAGUCCCUCUGGCUCCCCCAGCUCGGAGCUCAGGCUCUGGGAUCUUGGCUCCAGGCUCUGCCAGGUCCCCAAGAUGAAGGCUGUGGUGCUCACCUUGGCCCUGCUCUUCCUCACAGGGAGCCAGGCUCAGCAUGAAACACAGCAAGAGGAGCCCCCAUCACAAUGGGAGCGAGUGAAGGCGUUAGCCCAGAUGUAUCUGAACUCAACCAAAGUCAGUGGCAGAGAGUACAUAGCCAAGUUUGAAGAGACCGAACUGGCAAAAAAGCUGAACCUGAAAGUCCUUGCAAAAUUGGACACCCUGAGCAACAAGGUCGCCGACCUGACAAAGCAGCUCGGCCAGACCCAGGACUUCUGGGCCAAACUGAAGAAUGAGGUGGGGAUGCUGACCGGGGAGCUGAACAAGGACCUGGCGGUGGUGAAUACCUACCUGGAGGGCAUCCAGAAGAAGUGGCAGGAUAGGGUGGAGCCGCUGGGCCAGGACCUACGUGAGCGCGCACGGAAGCAGCUGCAGGAGCUGCAGGAGAAGCUGGGCCAGCUGGGCGCGAAGGUGCUGAACGGCACGCGCGUGCACGUGGAGCGCGCGCGUCCGUACGUGGACUCGCUGCACCCGUUCUUGGAGACCAUCGGCAAAGAGCUGCGCCAGUGCCUGGAGCCCUGUAACGGCAAGCUGCGCGAGUGCCUGGAGCCCUACGGCGAGCAGCUGCAGGCGCUGCAGGAGGGCGGCCUGGGGCUGGUCAUGCUGCGGGAGCAGGUGGGCGAGCAGCUGGGGGGAAUGAACGAGGACCUGCAGCCGCUGUGGAAGAGCCUCCAGGACGCCUUCUCCUAGAGGCUGACCGGCCAGUGAGGCGCCCGCUCCCCUCCCCGUCCUCGGUCCCCUUCCCAUCGCUCGGUUUCUGAGAAUAAACGUUUACAAAGCGGGG